AGGGAGGAGGAGGAGGGAGUUUGAAAGGAAGGGGAAAAUCGGAGCGAGGCGGAGAGAGGAAACAAAAACAAUCGCCCGGGCGCCGCCAUCUUGGGUCUGGCUCUCCCCGCCGCCAGCAGCCCCAACGCGAGUGAAUGGGUAGCUAUGAAAGUACCACAGGGGCGCAGAGGGGCAGGGAGGAGGGCCGCUCAGCCGGGGCUGGGGGGCCGUGAAGGAAGCGCCCACGCCCCCUCCCUCCCCGCCUCCCGACGCCGACGCCGCCCGGAGGGGAAGCCUCGCCUCGGCCCUUCUGCCGCCGCCGCCGCCUCCUCCUCGUCCAGCUCCUCUGCUCCUCGUCCACUUGGGCUCCGAGGGCGCAAAGUUGGGCUCAGCCUCAGCAGCAGCAGCAGCAGCGUCGCCUUCUUCGUGGGCAGCCGAAGGGAGAGCAGAGGGCUGGACCAGGCGGGAAUAGUAGCAGCAGCAGCAGCAGCAGGUCCUUGGAAAGCGGGGAGGAAGCGCUAAGGAGGAGGAGGAGGGAGGCUUCGUUCCCGGCUGCCUCCUUCACGCUCUCUCUCUCAGGAGCAGAGGAGGAGAAGAAGAAGAAGAAGGCAAGCAAGAUCGGAGGCCCCCGGAGAGUCGGAAGGAGCAUCAUAAUCACAACAAUAGCCCCGAGUGUGUCCGGGGUCUGCGUCGCCCCAGCCUUGCCAUGGUCGCCCAGCGUCGCCCCGUUUGGACACAAGCCUCUGCUCCUUCAAGGAAGGGGGCCUUCUAGGCUGAGGAAGGAGAAGGAGAAGAAACCCCCUCCGUUGUCCCUGGCGGGGUGUUUUGAGUAUCGUCAUCAUUAUUAAAAGGGUCCUCUCAACCCUGGAAAGUUCUCCUCCGAGAAGGCAGCCUUCUGGUGGAAGAAGAAGAAGAGGAACAAAAAGGAAGAAGGACCUGGGGACAAGGAAUAUGCCUCCUCCUCCUCCUUCAUUGCUCCCUGGAUGAAGAAGCCCUCGCUUCCCUCCGGGUUCGGCGCCUUCUCUCUUGCCUGCUUCUCCAGGGUUGAUUUCAACGAUUAAUAGGAAGCGGCGGUGUUUCCAGAUCCCUUCCUUGCGAGAUCAGCAUCAUCGCAACCAGCGGAGUAUUUGACUCUCGCUCCUUCCUCUCUUGCGUUGACAAAAGAGAGGGGACUGUCCCUGGCCCAUGCCUCGCAAGGCGUGUGAUGGAGACGAAAGUGUUGUUUACUAAUAGUAGUAGUAGUAGUACCUCGGAGGGAGGGAGGCCAGGAAGACGGCCCCUUGCCUGCUAACUCUUAGACUCUUUUCCGUAGAGGAGCCGAGGAGAGAGAGGCCUCCGAGUGUGUCCCCAAACUCUCACCCAUCGCUCCUGGGUUGGCUGGCAGAAGGAGGACUGGAUGGACUGAGUCUCUAGCAGGCCUUUGGGUUUACUCCUCUUGCUUUCCCAUAUAACUCUUAAAGGAGGAUUUUUCCAGGACGCUGGAUAUAUAUAUACUGUAUAUACACACACACACACAUAUAUAUAUAUAGACACAUAUAGAAUUUCUUCGUAUUGAUUUUAACCGUUUGGAAAAUGGGAGCUGCUACCAAGUUGGUGUUUGCUGUUUUUCUUAUCUCUUGCUCUUCAGAGAUGUAUCUUACCAAUGGUUUAACACUGUUCCUGUCAGUAAAAACAAGUGCCAUACUAGGCAGAUCAGAAACACAGGAGUGCAUCUUCUACAAUGCAAAUUGGGAAAAUGAUAGAACAAAUCGCAGUGGCAUUGAGUCGUGUUAUGGUGAUAAAGAUAAAAGACGACACUGCUUUGCAACAUGGAAGAAUAUUUCUGGAUCUAUUGAAAUUGUGAAAAAAGGUUGCUGGCUGGAUGAUAUUAACUGCUAUGACAGAGCUGAAUGCAUAGAAAGGAAAGACAGCCCUGAAGUGUUUUUCUGCUGCUGUGAAGGCAACAUGUGCAAUGAACAUUUCUUCUAUUUUCCAGAAAUGGAGGUCACACAACCUACUUCCAAUCCUGUCCCACCUAAACCGCCCUUGUUCAGUACCUUGCUUUAUUCUCUUGUGCCUAUAAUGGGAAUUGCAAUUAUCAUACUGUUUUCAUUUUGGAUGUACCGACACCAUAAAUUGGCAUAUCCUCCAGUACUUGUACCAACCCAGCACGCCUUUCAUAUAAUGAUAGAGGAUCCUGGACCACCACCUCCAUCACCCCUGAUGGGUCUCAAACCACUACAGUUACUAGAGAUCAAAGCCAGGGGAAGAUUUGGCUGUGUCUGGAAAGCUCAGUUGUUAAAUGAGUAUGUGGCUGUGAAAAUAUUCCCAAUCCAGGACAAACAGUCAUGGCAAAAUGAAUAUGAAAUAUAUAGCUUGCCUGGAAUGAAGCAUGAAAAUAUACUACAGUUUAUUGGCGCUGAAAAACGAGGAACCAACAUUGAUGUUGAUUUAUGGCUAAUAACAGCAUUUCAUGAAAAGGGGUCACUUACUGACUUUCUGAAGGCUAACGUAGUCUCAUGGAAUGAAUUGUGUCACAUUGCUGAAACUAUGGCUAAAGGUUUGGCUUACCUUCAUGAAGAUAUCCCUGGUCUGAAAGAUGGACAUAAACCAGCUAUAUCUCAUAGGGACAUUAAAAGCAAGAAUGUGUUGCUGAAAAAUAAUCUUACAGCUUGUAUUGCUGACUUUGGCCUUGCUUUAAAAUUUGAGGCUGGGAAGUCAGCAGGUGAUACACAUGGUCAGGUUGGCACCCGAAGAUACAUGGCUCCAGAAGUGUUAGAAGGUGCUAUCAACUUCCAAAGGGAUGCAUUUUUGAGAAUAGAUAUGUAUGCCAUGGGAUUAGUCUUGUGGGAACUGGCAUCACGAUGUACUGCAUCAGAUGGGCCAGUGGAUGAGUAUAUGUUGCCUUUUGAGGAAGAAGUGGGCCAGCAUCCUUCUCUGGAAGAUAUGCAGGAAGUUGUAGUACAUAAAAAGAAGAGGCCUGUCUUGAGAGAGUGUUGGCAGAAACAUGCUGGAAUGGCAAUGCUCUGUGAAACAAUAGAAGAGUGCUGGGAUCAUGAUGCAGAAGCUCGAUUAUCAGCAGGCUGUGUAGAGGAACGUAUUAUUCAGAUGCAAAGACUAACAAACAUUAUAACAACAGAAGACAUUGUGACUGUGGUCACUAUGGUGACAAAUGUGGACUUUCCUCCCAAAGAAUCCAGUCUAUGAUAGUUGUACUGGUCACACAUCUUGACCGAUAAGACUCUGCACUGGAGCUGCUAAGCUAAUGGGCCUCUUUUUGGUCAACUGUUUUCUGUGUGACGUGGAAUGGUAAGUCUGGCUUUGGAGACAGGAAGAUGCCUCCCUGCCCUACUCCAGACAUGGAUCCGGGAGACUUACUGCAUUCCUUGAAUACAACUGAAGGACAUGGAACUGAAAAAAUGGGCAAAAUAAUGUUAACAAAUGUAUUUGAAGAACAUGGACCUAUCCUGGCUAGUCAAACAUUUUAAAACCUGACAUUGUAUUUCUUAACAUGUCAGACUAAUUCCUUAAAAUGAACUACUGCUAUUUUUUUUAAAUCAAACAUUUCAUUUCCGAUUUAAGAAAAAGGGUAACUUGUUUUUAUUGCAUUUGCUGUUGUGUUUAUAUAAAUGACUAUUGUAAUGCCAAUAUGACACAGCUUGUGAAUGUUUAGUGUGCUGCUGUUCUGUGUAAUCAAAGUGGGAUCUAGCAAAAAGGCUUCCAAGCAUUACUUAACCUCCCUCAACAAGGUAUACCUCAGUUCCACCUAUUCUUAAUUGUUGAAUUGACAACACUAACAAAACCAAGAUAAUAAAUUGAUCCAGAUUUUAUAUAUGUUAUAUUACAGAUUCACAAUGUUGUUGUUUUUUAAAAGAUGGUAAGCUAUGCUUCAUGCCAACAGUCAGUGGCCAUUCCUAAAAUUGUGUGUUAGCCUUUCCCUGUUCUAUCUUGUGUAUAAAAAUGUAUUGUGUGUUAAAUGGCAAAAUUCUCCAAUUUUUAGUUUAAAGCUUUAUUUUUACCUCCAGUUCCCAAAAUAUUGCAUACAUUUAUUUUACAAAAUAUUUAGGUUUGCUGUGUCUGAUGGUAAUUUGAAAAUUUAAGCAUGCUUCUUUUUUUAAAACAAAAUAUAUGUGAGCUAUGGCACUGGAAAACUUACUCUUUUGAAAGAAGCUUCCCUCUCCCCCUUCAUUUUUAUGUAUGUUAAUGUUCUGCCUAGUGUAUUUUCUGAUUUACUGAACAGGAUACAGUAGGUUGGGUGCAGACUGAAGGCGUGUGCAAUGAGGCUGACAGAAGCAACUUCCUCACCUUCUCCAGCUUCCCAGGAGCACUACACAGACUUGGUCACCCUCUGUGUAGCAUUUUUGGAGGGCAACCGUAGUGAGGAAGUCACUUUUGCCAGCGCUGUUGCAUUUGCCAGAAUUUGAAUUCAACUUCUUUUCACUAUGUUACUGUUUCAAGAUCACCUCAGGAAGCUUCAUUACCCAGAACUCUGUACUCCUUAUUCCUUGUGCAUUGCCUUUUGCAGCUUCACAGUGCUUGAGUUUUGGUCCUGACUUGUCAGAGUUAUAUUGUCUGUGAUUCAUAAUUUUUCCUUGUGUUCACUCAAAAAAAUUAAAAUUAUAGCUACUUAAUACUUCUGUAGAGAUGACAAUGUAGCACAGUCUAGCAAAAACAACAAUACCCUAACAUUUUAAAUUUAAGCUACUGUAUUUAAGAGUUACAGGCGUUUAAGAGCCUUACCAUGAAAACUCUAGAAAAAUGGGCAGGAAGUAGCCAGGUGCCAAAGUACUUUUGAGAGGUAAUACACUACAGUUAUUUGCAGGCCAAAGUAAGUUAACUCUAAAACUAAAGUACUGAACCAACAGUAGCCACUAAGUAUUACCAGAUUCUGGUCAGGUCGUUUUUGUAAAAGAAUAGUAAUCAUGGAUUAUAUUAGAAAGGGUUCUUUUUGUCACAAUCAGGAGUUCACUGUGAAUGUUUUCUUCUAAACAGUUAUUUAUUAACCAUAGUGUUUUCUUACAUAUUGAUCUCUGGGAACAAAGAGGAAUUUAUUUAUAAGCAAGAUUUCUGUCUCCAAAUUCUAUAACAGGGAAUGGUAACAGCAGAGGAGUUUGUCUUUAACUGACAUACGAGCCAGAGAUUACUAUUUUGUGUCGUGAUUUUGUGGUAGCCAUAAGAACACUAUGACAUACUUGGGCUACAGUUACUCUUUGGCACAAGUUGUUAGUUUAGUUGGUUGACAAACAUAGGAGGACUGUUUCUUCAGUUGUGUUUUUGAAUAAAGAGGAAUUAUUUGCUUGUUUCUAAUUUUAGGCAUUGAUAAAUCAAUUCCAACUCGAGGAGCUGUGCCUAAAAAUACCUGAAUGGUAUUUUUGGUUCUUCCUCAAAAUGUUUGGUUCCACCUAAAAGUGGAAAUAUUUAUACUGUACUAGAAAUACACAGAAACUUUUAUCGGUGGUCAUCCAAAAACAUGUAAAUACAACAAACAUUUCUGUUGCAGACUUUGAUGAAAUGUUUGCUUUGGGAAGUCUACCCCCAAAUUUUCAUAGAGCAGCUUUCUGUUAAACACAGAUUUACACCAGUAUGACCCAAACCAGGUGGGAACAUUUUUCUCAUGUAUUUUUGCAUUUCAGGUCAUAUAGGGAAAAUCAUCAAAACUGACAAUCAGUGUAAUGCCGCUUCAUAUGUAUAUUUUUUAAAAAAAUCUCUCUUGAAAUCCCACAACUAACUUGUUUAAUAUUUGUACAAAGAAUAAUACCGCAUGUCAGAAAAUGCUUUUACAAAGCUCAUUUUUGGUAGGAUUGUGGAAUUGCUAAAAUUCAAACUGGUUUUGUCCAUUUCUAAGAUGACAUCUUGCAGGUAAUUUCAAACUCUUUGUUUCCAGUUUGUAAAGAAAGUGGACAGGUUUUAAAAGAGUGCUUAAGCCAAGACCCAUAAAUGAAAGGCAACUUUUAAAAAAAAAAAUGGUCUGAGCUAGAGAAGAUUUCUGCUUUCGGACAGCUAUUGUGACCAUUAUAGCUUUUUGUAUUUGUAUCAUACAGCUUGUGUGGAUCUGGCUGGCUCUGGUGGUUUACCUUGUAUCUUUGACUUGUGAAGAAAUGCUAGGGCCCUGGCUCAAGCUUUCAUUUGUCUUGGGUUUGCCUAUGUCUACUUAGUUGGCUGCCAUAUAAUUACCACAAGAAUUAAGAAAUUAGCCAGUUUUGUGAUCAAUUUAAAAGUAUAAACCCUGCAAUACCUUUUCAGUUUGUGUUAGAUGCUAAGAACUUUAUAUCACAUAAUGCAUGACUACUCUUUGUACAGUUGCUAAAUAUAACUUAGCAUUUCAGAACAGGUUGUGCCUCGUAAUUGUUGGAGUUCCUUGACCUAGCGUUCUCAUUCAUGGUGGUAUUCUGAAAAUGAGUCUGGAUUAAAAUACACAAGUUUAUACCUUCUUUGAUAGCAAAAUCCAUGUGGAGUAGCUCUUGCCAUAACUAAGGUGUAAUCUCAGAUGUAGUAGUAAUAAAUAUUGUUCACACUACAGUUCUACAAAAUUGCUGAUUGUAGUUUAACAAAGUGAGGUGACUGAUUGGUUGACCUUUUUCCAGUUCUCUUUUUAACCUUUUUAAUGCAUUUUUAUUAGAAAUAUUUGGUAUAAGAUGCAGAAAGCUAUGUACAGGAUUAUAAGCAAAUGAUAAAAUAGUAUCCUUGUUGGAACACCAUUUACCUCAAGAUACUCAACCAGCAGUACUUUUUUUUUAAUGCACACUCAGUCCAUAUAAGAUGUUACCUCUCAAGAGAUUGGUGAGCAAUUAUUUUAGCUUUACUCUGUACAUGUCAGUGUUCUGGGCACAGGUUGUUGUACUACUGUCAAAUUGCUCUUGCUAUUUUUUUUGGCAAGUAUUUAAAAUAAAAUAACCCCAUCCUGGAUAAAAGUGAUUGUGAAAUAUUGUAUAAAUGUAUGCUUUCUCUUUCCCUAUUCCCACAGAAAGAUGAAUAAAAAAUUAAGUGACUACUA